CUUAACCAAAAGCGAAAGGAGCUGCCUUCCGAGCGUGGAGUCGGCAGGGAGGUCGCGGCGCGCGCCCCUAAGUCGGCGGGGCCGCCACUUUGUGACUUCACUGGUUUCGCAACAAGCCCGGACUGCUCGCGCCCCACCCACCCCGGCCCGCUGCUUUGCCGCUCGCAGCCUCCUCCGUUCUUCCUCUCCCUCCGGGGCCGGCCUGCCUCCACCAUCGCCGAGCCUCCUGUCCCGACGGGAAAGCAGUGGCUGUCCGCGCGUGGUUGCCGCCUGGCGGGCUGGCACGUGGCGGCCCCCGCCCCUCCGAGCAGCCAGGCGUCCGGCCCCUCAGCUGAGCGCAGCGCACUCCUUGCGUCGAGAUGCUGUGCUUCCUGAAGGGAAUGGCCUUCGUCCCCUUCCUCCUGGUGACCUGGUCGUCCGCCGCCUUCAUCAUCUCCUACGUGGUUGCUGUGCUCUCUGGGCACGUCAACCCCUUCCUCCCGUACAUCAGUGAUACAGGAACAACACCUCCGGAGAGUGGAAUUUUUGGAUUUAUGAUAAACUUUUCCGCAUUUCUUGGUGCGGCCACAAUGUACACAAGAUACAAAAUAGUGGAAAAGCAGAAUCAAACCAGCUAUUUCAGCACUCCUGUUUUUAACUUGGUGUCCUUAGUUCUAGGAUUGGUGGGAUGUAUUGGAAUGGGCAUUGUUGCCAAUUUUCAGGAGUUAGCUGUCCCAGUGGUUCAUGACGGCGGCGCCCUUUUGGCUUUUGUCUGCGGUGUGGUGUACACGCUCCUGCAAUCCAUCAUCUCUUACAAGUCGUGUCCCCAGUGGAACAGCCUCUCCACGUGCCACGUACGGAUGACCAUCUCUGCCAUUUCCUGUGCAGCUGUCAUCCCCAUGAUUGUCUGUGCUUCCCUCAUUUCCAUAACCAAGCUGGAGUGGAAUCCAAAAGAAAAGGAUUAUGCGUAUCACGUAGUGAGUGCGAUCUGCGAGUGGACAGUGGCCUUUGGUUUUAUUUUCUACUUCCUAACAUUCAUCCAUGAUUUCCAGAGUGUCACUCUAAGGAUUUCCACAGAAAUCAACGAUGACAUUUGAAGAGAGAAGAAUUCUAUUUUAGUCAUUGAAAGUUACAGACGGUUUCUAGAAGUGGCACAGGGGACGGACAGGGUUUGAAUGCUGCCCUGUCGCAGGCAUCUGCAGCACAUCCAGGACUUGAAUUUCACUAAGAAUUUCCAAUAGUUGUAUAUUUCCAAAGGUAUGUUUUCCUAGAGAAUGUAGAGCAUUUAUGACAGUGUAGCAAUGUUUUUAUAAUUUUCUAAACUGACACUUUUUUAUAUUCACAAAUUCAUUGCACAAAAGAAUAAGGUGUUUUGGAAAAAUGGAGAGCUCUUAUUUUUGUACAGAUUCUGUUUUGUUGUUUCUUCAUAUGUGAAUGGUUUCUGGAUAUACACUAAGUGAGGGAUUUAUUAACAAGUAAAAUUGGGAUAUUUUUAAAUCUCAUUUUCAGGGAAUGAACUGUAUACUUCUAUAUCAUGAGAGCAUUUGUAAAAUUCAAUUUAUAGUGACAUCAAGAUUUAGUUAAUAAAUUAACGCUAACUAUGACACUCUGAUUUUUAGAUGAACUAGGCAAAAUGCUUCUGUUGAAAAGCCUUAAUAUCACUAUACACAUUAACUCUAAGUGAACACAGCAGACCUCAGUUUGCCUGCUCACAGGAGCUGGAGGUUUUUCCAUUGCUGCUGAUCAGCAGUCUGUAGUAGGCAUUUGUGGAAGGCAGGAUUAUGGGAAGGGGACUUUAACUUAAUACUAAACUUCUGCAAAGUAGGUGCUUAAUAAAUACCGCAACCUGUGAAAAAUCAUUAAAAAUACCAUUUAUAAAACCA